GUUUGUUUUGUUCAUGUGUGGAGAGGUGGUUGCAGUCAGUGAUGAUUUUACAACACGCUGUCUCCUGCUGUUUAAAGUAUUUAGGCUGGGAUGAAAUGUUUUCUAAUAAUUAGUGAUUUUUGUGUUUGUUUAUUACCUGCACGGAGUUCCGUGAAAAGGAAAGCAUCCCUUUUCUGUGUUGAAUUUCACACACAGAGCGGAGCGCGUCAGUCGCAGCUACAGACAAGUCGAGCUUUUCAAUGAGAUGAUUUACUGAGAAACAAACGCGUUGAAGCUCCAGCAGAGCUCUGCGCGAUUCUGAAAGACCAAAGUAAAGUUACUCCUUGCAAAGCCUGUUGUUUGUGUUCUUUCUUUAUCACACCAGAAGAAGUGAUGAAUAUAUUUGAAUGGGAAGGCUACAGUAAAAAAUAAAUAUUACUAAAUAAAAACCGCAGGCGGCGUUUCUGAAUGAAAAGAGGAUUCCGCUAGACCAGUCUGAAACUCAAACCAGUGAAGAUGGACGGCAGCGUGUCCGUGUCGCUCUUUCAAGACGAGCUCGCCUCUACCAUCGAGCUCGCAGUGAAAGCGGCUCUACACACCGUCUUGUGCGCGAUUACUAAAGCUGUCGGCAGCAAAUUCACUGAAUUACAAAUGGAAAUGGCUGGAAAGGAGAAAGAGAAUGAAAGUCUGAAGCUGAGAUUGGAAAUAUCAGAGAACGAGCUGAAAGCUGUGCGAGCGUGUAUAAACGCUGCAAAUGAAGACAUUAAACAACCUUUAAUAUUUCAAGAUCCCAAAGAGAGCCACGCUAUCCCUGAAUCUGAAGCACAAGUGGGGCCAAAGAUAGAAGCAGCUUACACACAAGAGGAGUCCUUUGAGCAGGAGUGGUGUGCAAGUCUAAUGCAGGUUACAGAGCUGGCAUGUGUUAAAGAUGAAGAGGUCCCUCAACAGGAAUGUGUUCCUAUUAAAGAGGAAUUCAUAGAGCAGGAAUGUGUCCCCAUCGCAGAGGAACUUCCUCAUGAAAAUCAUGUCUGUACACUUGAGGAGAACAACAAGCUGGGAUCCAACCUGUGUGAUGACUCUCCAUCUGAAUGUGAACUGGGAUUCAGAGCUUCUAAAGUAGAUGAAGGAGAACACGACUCCACUCCAUCACCCCAGUGCAAAAACUCUUCUAGAGGCAAACCACAGUGCAAGAAACACAGAGAAACAACACCCCAAGAAGAGUAUGUGAAGACAUUGAGAACUCACUCAGUUAAAAUCCCUUCUUUACAAGACAGACACCCACUUACUGUGGAGAGUACAGAGACGGCACAUUCUGUGUGUUUUAACAAUUCUGAAACCCAGGGCAACUUGAAGACCUUACCUCAUUCUAUUAAAGGUGGGAAGAGUUCCUGUCAAUUAGACGCUCCUGAAACUCACAAGGGAAAUCCCACAGGAGGGACUACGUUUUCCUGGGCUGAUUGUGGGAAGAGUUUCAAUAAUAUAUCACUGCUUAAAAGACACCAGCGCAUUCACACAGGAGAGAAACCUUCCCACAUACAGACCAGUGAUAAGAGUUUCACACAGUUAGGAAAUCUUCAUUCACACCAGCACAUUCACAUAAGAGAGAAACCUUAUCACUGUACUGAGUGUGGGAAGAGAUUAAGUAAUUUAGGAAACCUUAAAAUCCACCAGCGCAUUCACACAGGAGAGAAACCUUAUCACUGUUCUGUUUGUGGGAGGAGAUUCAGUGACUUAGGAUCCCUUAAAAGGCACCAGCGCAUUCACACAGGAGAGAAACCUUAUCACUGUGCUGUUUGUGGGAAGAGAUUCAACCAGUUAGGACACCUUAAAAGACACCAUAACAUUCACAUAGGUGUGUAAUUCUAUCCCAGCACUUAGUGUGAAAAAGUGAAGUCAGUUGCAGACUCUUACAGGACUAGAGAACAUUCUCAGAAAUGCAGACACUUGGGGACAACUAAACAACAGGAGUGCAUUUGACUAAAUACAGAAAUAUUAACUGAAAACAGAAGUGGCUUGAUAAAUCUGGUCACCCCUAAUCACAAUUUGUUCAGAUCAAAAACUCACCAAAAUCUGUGUUCAUCAUGUUGUUGAGCAUUCUGAUUGUGUUACAUCACAUUAGUAAUAUAUUAAAUAGAUUGUUAUUAGGAGUGCAAGUUUCUGUUUUUCCUCCUGCAUUGCUCAGCCUCUUGCAGUGUGUUGUGUGGAAUCUUCCCUGAUACCAUGGUGAAUCUGCGGUACCUCAAGAUGCAGCACAGUAUACCACAGUUAUCAUGCGGGCAGCUUGAAGUGGAAAAUCAAUACUGUGUCCAGCAGGGUGCACCAGAGAGCUUUUAGCACGUUAAUGGGCUGCAUACCAUUGCUUCUUAACAAGGUGAUUUCUGCUCCCGAUGUGUUGAAUACUCCCCUCUCUCUCUAGUACUGGUCUCUCUGCUGUGCUUGAAAGAGUGACUACAGUUAACUUCAACUUUUUAAAACCUUUAGUCUCCUCUAGUCUUUUUUUUUUUGUUCCAGACUGAAUAGAUUUAGUUCCCUCAGCUGUUCUCUCAACAUAUUUAGGGUUGGUUGAGUGUACAAGGAAAACAACUGACUCUGGAGAGGAGUUACCAAUCAAUGCCAGCACACUGGAGAUCCAGAAUUCAGAACACAGAACCAGGGAGGACAUUCGGCCCAUCAGUGCAGCAGCUGAUUGAUCUCAAUCCUGUUAAGUUGGGUCUUAAAGGAUCCCAGCCCUAACAACAUGACUUGGUAACCCAUUCCAUCCCCUCACCAUACUCUGUGAGAAGGUGUCUCCUACCCUCUGUCCUAUGGCUAUCCACACUUAAUUUCCAGGAGUGUCCUCUGGCCCUGGUGUCAGUGCUAUGCUUGAGGUAUUAGUUUGGGUUAACUUUAAGCCCUGGGAUUAGUCUUCACCUUUAUGAUUGCUUCCCCGUUGCUGGUAGAAAUGAGUCUGUCACAACACCAAGGUCUUUCUCUCACACCCACUGGGUAUUUCAAUCCUACUUUUUUCCUACUAAAAAGAGACUUAGUAAUACAAUUGUGAAAUGUUUCAAUAAGAAACAGGCACUCCACACCGUACACCAGCUGACUGAUUUGCUAAUGAAAGAAGCAGCUCAACCACAACACCUGGUAUAAUGAACAUGUUUGUGAGCCAGGUGUUUGCAGUACUGUACUGUAGAUAUGAAAUUCCAGAGAAUGCUUCAUUUUGCAUGACUGAUAACUAAUCAUUCUGUUGCCUUUAAUACUGUAUAUGGGGCCACCUGUCUGCACCUGCUGAUCCCAGCACUGAUCCUGCACUGUGUUAAGAGAACAAUGGAGAUCACAGACACUGUGUCAAUAGAUUUGGAUCAUAGGGUAUAGAGGAAAUAGUUUUCAAGUGAAGUAUGGAAAUUUGGAAGAGGAGGGCAUCACACAGUAUCACAGUGUAGAGAAAGAAAUGGUCCUUGAUGAGGGUUUAGUGGUGAAGGAGUGCAUUUGCCUGGGAGAGGGUAUAAAACAGAGCAGGGUGGAGGGACCAGAGCAGCUGAAGAGUGGAAAAGCAGCAUCAGCACCUUGUCAAGAUGAAAGCCUGGACUAAAAGAGCCAUUCUCCUCUCGGUCCUGACAGCAUGGCUUCUGUCAGGGGCUGAUGCAAGGAGCCUCCUUGAGGACUCUGAAGAGCUGGGAGAUGAUGAUUACCAGGCCAGCAAGAGAGAACUGGAUCUCAGCAACACUUUGGAAGACUCAGAGGAGCAGGAAGGAGCACUGGAGAACAAGAGAGCGCUGGAUAAGGAAUGAAAGAAAGAAAGAAAGAAAGAAAGAAAGAAAGAAAGAAAGAAAGAAAGAAAGUUUCUUAUUUGCAGGAUUUAAGUUAAGCAAUGACAAAAAAGCACAGUCCACAUAAUUUGUUUAGAAACCCAACCUGACUAAUCAUCACUAAUCAUGCAUAACAUCAAGGGCUACUGUAUAUCCAGAAAUCUCAUGGUUAAACCUCACAGCUCUGCAUUGCAAUGUAAUGGGGAACUCUCUGCCUCCCUGUGUUGAGUGUCCUAUCAAGUUGUGCUCUGCAGUCGAGGGACUCCUUCAUUGCUUCAUGAAGCUCUCUUCCCCCUGUUCCAGAGGCAGAGGAUUCAGGUGACAGUGAUGCUGAGCUGGACAGUGAUGGACUCAAAGGAGAGCGGGAGUUGGGAGACAAUAUGAUGGAGAAAAGAGCUGACAUGGAUUCUGAAGUGGUCCUGACACAGUCCAUGGUAGUGAAGAAGGAUGCCCUGUCCAAAAGAUACUACAGAAGUAAGUGUGUGUCUCUCUGGAGCUGGCUCCUGGUUUGGGUGAACUGCAUGGAUUGUAGACUGCAGGUCAAUUGAUUGAAGACAUUGAGAAACUCUUCAGUAUUACAACAUAUUCUACCAUGGAGUGGUUUCAUAGUUGUGGACAGACUGGAGGAAACACUUUGAAAUGAGCCCCUUGGUGUCUUCAUUAAGCCUGUAACAGCUGUCAGAAUCAACUGAUAUUCUCAGAGGAACAGAAAACAUUCCAGUAAAUGGAACACAAACAUGAAUAUAAAGUGAACUAUUAAAUCCAAUAACCACUGUUUCUGUUUUUCUUUUUCUUUGGAACAGCUUACUGUUGUAAGUAUUUUAUUUAAUUAUGGUACAUUAAUAUGUAGAAAUGAAUUGUAUAUAUAUAUAUUUAAAUUGUAUUUAAUGGUGUGUGUUUAUUUCAUUUCCAGAUUACAGCAUCUGUGCUCGUGUAAGGUACAGAUGCUACUAUGCUCAUCACUAUCACUACUAUUUCUACUACCGUCAUGGGUACCGCUGCGCUCGCCACUGGCGUACCUACCGCUGCAGGCGAUGCCAGCACUACUGAGAAGCAGCAGCGCCCAGGGAUCACAGUGCUGGAGUUUACCUGACAGCAGACCUGCAAGCAAAGCUUAAACACACCAGCAACCUUCUUUUGUAGCAUGGCUGUAACCUUUCUGUUGUGGUCCCUCUCCCCACACACAGCUACAGCACCCAUAUUUAUUUCUAUCAGGCCAUUCCCAGUUUGUUUAAAACAGCUGCUCCCUGUUGUGCAUUUGGUCAGUCUCUUCAAGGAUGUAUAAUAGAGAAAACAUUGUUUUUCUAUUGGGUGAUUCCCUGCCUCUCAUGAAGCAGGUCUUUACAUUGUAUGGAAAGGUGUCCUUAUUUAACAUGCUGUCUCAGAUUCUCAGUGAGAUCACAUGCUCACACAUGUUUGAAUAGAAACACAGCUGCACAUGGGCACAUAUACAAAGCGUUACUUGGAGAGCGUGCUUGAUUGAUUUGCCCCAGCUCAUAAUCACUGCACCGAGUCAGGUUUGACCAGUAGACUCCUUUCUUCUCCCAGCUCCUCACAGCCACCCUGUGAUGUCACAAGUGUCCCGUGACAGGCCUUGUUCUCAGACUGACAAAAACAUUGUGUUUAUAUAGAGAUUUUCUUCAUCUCUCAAUUAUUUUAAAAUCUCUUUAUUUGCAUUCAUGACAACAAAUGCUCAAACUGUUGACCAGUAUAAAUGAUGUCCUGCCAAAACAACAGUAUCUGCUUUUACAUGAAACUGGGUAAAAGCCUCUCUCUUUCUGUAAAGCUUUUUCAGCAUUAAAACUAUUAGCAUCAA